CGGGCGGCGGCGCGGAGGGCGGCGCGGAGGGCGCGGGCCCCGGAGCCAGCGAGCGAGCGGGGCGCCGGGCAGCGGGGAGUCGGCGCCGCGGGGUCGCACCCGACUCGCUCCCGGACACUCGCGAGGCGCCGAGCCGGCAGGAGGUGGAGCCAGCAGCUUCUGCCAUCCCCCUGGCUGCCUCUUGGAGCCCGCCCAGCUCAACCUGACCAAUGUCCACAGCCAGGGAGCAGCCCAUCUUCAGCACACGGGCGCAUGUGUUCCAGAUCGACCCGGCCACCAAGCGGAACUGGAUCCCAGCGGGCAAGCACGCGCUCACCGUCUCCUACUUCUAUGAUGCCACCCGCAACGUCUACCGAAUCAUCAGCAUCGGGGGUGCCAAGGCCAUCAUCAACAGCACUGUCACCCCCAACAUGACCUUUACCAAAACCUCCCAGAAGUUUGGGCAGUGGGCAGACAGUCGUGCCAACACUGUCUACGGCCUGGGCUUUGCUUCUGAGCAACAUCUGACCCAGUUUGCUGAGAAGUUCCAGGAAGUGAAGGAAGCAGCGAGGCUGGCUCGGGAGAAAUCUCAGGAUGGGGGGGAGCUCACCAGUCCGGCCCUGGGGCUCACCGCCCACCAGGUGCCCCCGAGCCCCCUCGUCAGUGCCAACGGCCCUGGCGACGAGAAACUGUUCCGCAGCCAGAGCGCAGAUGUCCCGGGCCCCGCGGAGCGAGAGCGGCUCAAGAAGAUGCUGUCGGAGGGCUCGGUGGGCGAGGUGCAGUGGGAGGCCGAGUUCUUCGCGCUGCAGGACAGCAACAACAAGUUGGCGGGCGCCCUGCGAGAGGCCAACGCCGCCGCCGCCCAGUGGAGGCAGCAGCUGGAGGCCCAGCGCGCAGAGGCCGAGCGGCUGCGGCAGCGGGUGGCUGAGCUGGAGGCCCAGGCAGCUGCUGAGCCACCCUCAAGCAGCGAGGAGGGGCCGGGCCAGUCGCUGGAGCAGCUGGAGGCACUAGUACAAACCAGGGACCAGGAGAUUCAGACACUGAAGAGCCAGACUGGUGGGCCCCGUGAGGCCCCGGACGCAGCCGAGCGCGAGGAGACACAGCAGAAAGUGCAGGACCUGGAAACCCGCAACGCAGAGCUGGAGCACCAGCUGCGGGCAAUGGAGCGCAGCCUGGAGGAGGCGCGGGCUGAGCGCGAGCGGGCGCGGGCCGAGGUGGGCCGGGCCGCGCAGCUGCUGGACGUCAGGCUGUUCGAGCUGAGCGAGCUACGGGAGGGCUUGGCCCGCCUGGCCGAGGGUGCGCACUGAGCUGGCCACCGGGCCCAUGUGGGGUCUGGCCCAUGGGAGCUGGUGUUACAUGAACGAUUCCUGCCUGGGCCAUGGGCUGGGCCGCCGGCGGCACAGUGGGCCAUUUGCCCUGGCAGGGACCAGGGGCCGACCCAGUCCGGGGGGGCCCU